CCAAAUUAACUUUCUCCCCAUACAAAUAAUAACAAAUAAUAUGAUAAUAAAAGGAGGGAAAAAUAAAGAAGAAAAAAAAUCUAAUAGUAGUAGCACAGUUAUUUCCUUCCACACCAACAGUUUUGUGAGUGAAGCCUUUCAGUGUAAAGCUGCAGCUGCAGCUGAUUCAAAAAUUGUUAAGCUUUUCGUUUUGGAGCAAUAAUCAUUGUCCAGAUUGUGAUUUGUUCAGAAGGUAAGCAACAAUUUGGGAAGUUUCUGAAGGCAAUAGGAGUAGAAGACACGGUUUAGGAUAGUUUUUAUAAUAAGGAAAUUUGAUGGUAAAUGGUAAUCAUACACAGUGGCUAGGAAGGAAUAUAAUGGCUACUGCUGCAGUUAUUGGACUGAGUGGAGGAAAGAGGCUCUUGAGCUCAUCAUAUCAUUACUCUGAUAUUAUAGAAAAGCUUUCUUGUGGCAGUGAUUUUGGAUCCACACACUAUCAGAUUGCUCCUACAAAAUCUGUGAUAGUUUCUAAGAAAUCAUCCAACUACACUUCUACUUUUCCAGCAUCCAACAGGCAGAAUGAGUCCAUUAAGGCUCUUAAGGAGCAUGUUGAUGGUGCCCCCACCACUGCUGAUCCAUGGUUUCAUAGUUGCAAUUCUAAUGAAUUGGAGGUGGAAAGUUCUGAAAUGGGUUAUUCUGUGGAGGCUCUUCUUUUGUUGCAGAAGUCAAUGCUGGAAAAGCAAUGGAACCUUUCCUUUGAGAGGGAAGUGCUAACGGAGCAUUCAAGUAAAGAAAAAAACUGUAGGAAAGUGGCAGUGACUUGUUCUGGGGUGUCUGCUAGGCAAAGAAGAAUGAAUCUCAAGAGGAAGACUGCAGUUAAAACCGGCUCGUCAAUGGUGCAACCUUGUGGUGCUGUGCAGCUGAAGUCAAAAAUCAGUCCAGAGCUGCUUCAAAAUCGUUUGAAGGGCUAUGUGAAAGGUGUAGUGAGUGAGGAGUUGCUGUCUCAUGCAGAAGUUGUAAACCUAUCAGAGAAAAUAAAAGUUGGGCUUUCCUUAGAUGAGCACAAAUCCAGACUGAAGGAAAGACUAGGAUGUGAACCCUCUGAGGAUCAAAUUGCAACUUCAUUGAAGAUUUCGUGCACUGAACUACGAGAAAGAAUGUUAGAGUGCUCUCUGGCAAGAGAAAAGUUGACUAUGAGCAAUGUUCGCUUAGUUAUGUCUAUUGCUCAAAGAUAUGAUAACCUGGGUGCAGAAAUGGCUGACCUUGUUCAGGGUGGCUUGAUUGGACUACUGCGUGGUAUUGAAAAGUUUGAUUCUUCAAAAGGGUUUAAGAUUUCAACUUAUGUUUAUUGGUGGAUACGUCAGGGUGUUUCAAGAGCUUUAAUUGAGAAUUCAAGAACUUUAAGAUUGCCUGCUCAUUUGCAUGAGAGAUUAUCUUUAAUCCGCAACGCAAAGUUUAGACUAGAAGAGAGAGGCAUUACUCCAACUAUUGAGAGGAUUGCAAAACACCUUAACAUGUCUCAAAAAAAAGUUAGAAAUGCUACUGAGGCAAUCAGCACUGUUAUCUCAUUUGACAGGGAAGCAUUCCCCUCUCUGAAUGGUAUACAAGGAGAAACUCAUCAUAGUUAUAUUGCAGAUAAUCGUGUUGAGAACAUCCCUUGGAAUGGAGUAGAUGAGUGGGCCCUAAAGGAUGAAGUGAACAAACUCAUUAAUGUGACCCUUGUGGAACGAGAGAGAGAAAUUAUUCGUCUUUAUUAUGGACUGGAUAAAGAAUGUCUUACGUGGGAAGACAUUAGUAAACGGAUAGGUUUGUCAAGAGAAAGAGUAAGGCAAGUUGGACUUGUUGCAUUGGAGAAACUAAAACAUGCUGCGAGGAAGAGAGAAAUGGAGGCCAUGCUUUUGAAACAUUAAAUUUGGACUUAUCAUAGAGAUAUUUACAAUGUAUAUAUACAGAGAGGAAGUAUGUACCUAGAAAUUUGACUUCCUGAUUCAAAAAGAGGACAGUGAUAUAAGGGAACAUUGAAAAUUUGUAAAUCCCUUUAAAUGUGGUUUUAGUCCAAUAAAUAUGGGUAAAUUUGGUUUUAAUACUCAAAAAAAAAUGUU